CAGGGCAGCAGGAGGACAGGGGGAUCAACACGUGAAUCAUUUUUUCUACAUGGUAGGCCUAAAGAGUAAUGAAGAAAAUGUAUUAUCCUAACUACAGACAUCAGUGAGGACUGCAGCUAUGGACUUAUUCAAACAACAGAAAGUGGAGGAUUUCUAUGAAAUUGGUGAAGAGUUGGGAAGUGGGCAGUUUGCCAUUGUAAAGCAAUGCAGAGAGAAAAGCACAGGGCUGGAAUUCGCCGCCAAGUUUAUCAAGAAGCGGCAGAGCAUGGCCAGCUCUCGAGGAGUGCGGCGGGAGGAGAUAGAGCGGGAAGUGGACAUCCUGCAGCAGAUUCAGCACCCAAACAUAGUCACGCUGCACGACGUCUACGAGAACCGCACUGAUGUGGUGCUCAUCCUGGAGCUGGUCUCUGGAGGAGAGCUCUUUGACUUCCUGGCACAGAAGGAGUCUUUGAGCGAGGAAGAAGCCACUCAGUUCAUCAAGCAGAUCCUGGAGGGGGUGAACUACCUCCAUGCAAGGGAAAUCGCUCACUUUGAUCUUAAGCCAGAAAACAUUAUGCUGCUGGACAAGAAUGUGCCGUUACCAAGAAUAAAACUCAUAGAUUUUGGUCUCGCCCACAAGAUUGAAGCCGGGGUUGAGUUCAAAAACAUAUUUGGAACACCUGAGUUUGUAGCACCGGAGAUUGUCAACUAUGAGCCACUGGGAUUAGAAGCCGACAUGUGGAGCAUUGGGGUCAUCACCUAUAUCCUGCUGAGUGGUGCUUCACCUUUCCUGGGAGAGACCAAACAGGACACUCUGAGGAACAUUUCAGCCAUAAAUUAUGAGUUUGAUGAGGAGUUCUUCUGUCACACCAGUGAGCCGGCCAAGAAAUUCAUCAGCCAGUUGUUGGAGAAGGAUAAGAGGAAAAGAUUAACAAUUCAAGAAGCUCUUAAUCACCCAUGGAUCAAGUCCAAUGAGCACAAGGAGGAGAAUAAAGCCAAGGAGCCAAAGAAACGGGAGCGGCGCCAGCUGAAGACAAAGCGCCUGCGGGAGUACACUAUCAAGUCCCACUCCAGCAUGCCACCCAACAACACCUAUGUAAACUUUGAGCGCUUUGCCCAGGUGGUGGAGGACAUUGACCAGAUGGAGAGCUCAUUUGUCAGCCUGACAGCAGCCCAUGACUCCCUGCAGGAAGACAUAGAUGCCAUGGUCUCUAUAUACAAUGAGAAGGAGGCCUGGUAUAAGGAGGAGAGUGAAGAUGUGCGCCAUGAGCUCUCGCAAAUCCGCUACGAGUUCCGUAAAGUGGAGGCCUUUAAGAGGAGCCUGCAGGACGACAUGCAGGCCUUCAGCUCCAGCCUCGACGGAAUCAGCAACCGCUACCAGGAGAGACAGAACAACUUUGAUUCGCUGCGUCAAGAGCUCAGCAAUGAACUGAAGUGGGUGCAGGAGGUGAUGGGUUCAUUUCCCAUGGAUGGAGGGGGUGGAAGAUACCCCAACUGCAGCUUCUCCACCGUCUUCAACAACGACGUAAAUGAAGCCCUGAAGGAGCUGCUGAACCGCUCCUGUGGAGGAGAGCUGCUGUCCGGGAUCAACCUGGACUUUGAAACCGGACAGAAAAGAUAAAUGCUUCAGUUAUUCAAUAACCAUUUUAAAUCAUGGUGACUAGUAAAAUCUAAGAAAUAAGGCUUUCAAAAGGGUUUAAGUUCUACCUACAACCAUUUGCUUCUGAUGAGAACAUCAAGAAAGGGUUCCCUUGUAGGAAUAAGGGUUCAAUUAAGAACCUUUUUCUUCAAGUAACCAUUUUUGGUAGAAAGAGUUCUUGAAUGAUUGAUGACAGCAUGGGUGUUAAAAUAACCUUCCUGCCCACACCCCCAUAAUGAUUGUGAUCCAUGAAUGUUCUGGGUAGCCUCAUCAACCUGGCCCUUAAAGUAGCCUAUCAAAGACUAAAGCCACUGGAUAUGGUUUCCAUAGAAAAUAGCUGAUAUGUUAAAGUAGAACCAAUUUUAGGUUGCUCGGACUACCCUAACCACAAUAUGUCAUUUAUGGGAUUCAAUCAUUUUGGGCUCUAAAGUACACUACAAUGUGGUUCUUCGAGAAUUCUCAGAAGACAGGAUGAUAAUGGGUGAAACCCUUUUAAAAAGGUUAUGUGUAGGUCCCCUGUGACUGUUCUAGAUAAAAUCCUUAUAAUAUAAAAGGAUUCCCAGUAAAACACCAUGGGUUUUUGGCAGCACCUGUAUACAGUGUAAAGGUAAGGUAAAGGUAAAAAACAUUCACGGAUGGUUCUAGAUAUAUCCCCUUUUAUGCUCUGAUAGGUUAGAAGGUGGAACCUUGAACAUAAAAAGGGUUCUCCUAUAUAAUGGGGACAAGCUGAAGAAUGCUAUAUUGUUCAUGUAAGACCUUUAUUUCUAAGAGUUUACAUACCCAAUGUCACAAUAGGGAGGUCUGUGUCAGGCCAUAACGGAUUAUUUCUGUUGCAAUACAAAUAUUUCAGUCAAGUCAGAAAAGUAUUACCCAAUCUUCACAUUUUUAUAAUUAUUUGAACAACAAGGUAUGUCAUCACAUACAGUGCAUACAAUGCAAUGGUCAGCAGACUCAUUUUGGUAUAAGUUUUAGUCAAUAAUGUCAACCGUUGUGCUCUGUCCUGGAGAUAAAGGUACUAUGGAUGUUUGUAUUCUUAAA